AUGGCUGAGGCUGAUGACAUUCAACCCAUCGUCUGUGACAAUGGUACCGGUAUGGUCAAGGCUGGUUUUGCCGGAGAUGAUGCUCCCAGGGCUGUUUUCCCCAGUGUUGUUGGUAGGCCAAGACAUCAUGGUGUCAUGGUUGGGAUGAACCAGAAGGAUGCUUACGUUGGUGACGAAGCACAGUCCAAGAGAGGUAUUGCAGACCGUAUGAGCAAAGAGAUCACAGCACUUGCACCAAGCAGCAUGAAGAUUAAGGUAGUUGCGCCUCCGGAGAGGAAGUACAGUGUCUGGAUCGGUGGUUCCAUUCUUGCUUCCCUCAGCACAUUCCAGCAGAUGUGGAUCUCAAAGGCUGAGUAUGAUGAGGCAGGUCCAGGGAUUGUUCACAGAAAAUGCUUCUAA